AUGGGCUGCGACGUCCGCGUGUCAGGGCUGCUCCGCCGCAACCUGCAGCCCACGCUCACCUACUGGAGCGUCUUCUUCAGCUUCGGCCUGUGCAUCGCCUUCCUGGGGCCCACGCUGCUGGACCUGCGCUGCCAGACGCACAGCUCGCUGCCCCAGAUCUCCUGGGUCUUCUUCUCGCAGCAGCUCUGCCUCCUGCUGGGCAGCGCCCUCGGGGGCGUCUUCAAGAGGACCCUGGCCCAGUCAUUAUGGGCCCUCUUCACCUCUUCCCUGGCCAUCUCCCUGGUGUUCGCCGCCAUCCCCUUCUGCCGAGACGUGAAGGUGCUGGCCUCAGUCAUGGCGCUGGCGGGCCUGGCCAUGGGCUGCAUCGACACCGUGGCCAACAUGCAGCUGGUGAGGAUCUACCAGAAGGACUCGGCGGUCUUCCUCCAGGUUCUCCAUUUCUUUGUGGGCUUUGGUGCACUGCUGAGCCCCCUUAUCGCUGACCCCUUUCUGUCUGAGGCCAACUGCUUGCCUACCAAUAGAACAGCCAACGCCACCUCCGGCAGCCACCUGCUCCAUGCCUCCAGGGUCCUGGCCCACCACCAUACUGGGGCCCAGCCUUGGUCCAACCAGACGCUCCCUGGGCUGACCCCACAGGACGGGGCAGGGGUCCGCGUGUCCUACGCCUUCUGGAUCAUGGCCCUGAUCAACCUCCCGGUGCCCAUGGCUGUGCUGUAUCUGCUGUCCAAAGAGCGGCUGCUGACCUGCUGCCCUCAGAGGAGGCCCCUCCUGCUGUCUGCAGAUGAGCUCACCCUGGAGACGCAGCCUCCUGAGAAGGAAGACACUUCCUCGCUGCCCCCUAAGUUUCAGUCUCAUCCAGGGCACGAGGACCUGUUCCACUGCUGCCAGAGGAAGAACUUCAAAGGAGUCCCUUCUUCUUUCUUCGCCAUCCACAUCACAGCCGCCCUGGUCCUGUUCAUGACCGACGGCUUGACGGGGGCAUACUCCGCCUUUGUGUACAGCUAUGCAGUAGAGAAACCGUUGUCUGUGGGACACAAGGUGGCCGGUUACCUCCCCAGCCUCUUCUGGGGCUUCAUCACUCUGGGUCGGCUCAUCUCCAUUCCCAUCUCCUCAAGAGUGAAGCCAGCUACCAUGGUUUUCGUCAAUGUGGUCGGCGUGGUGGUGACGUUCCUGGUGCUUCUUGUUUUCUCCUACAACGUCGUCUUCCUGUUCGUGGGAACAGCCAGUCUGGGCCUGUUCCUCAGCAGCACCUUUCCCAGCAUGCUGGCCUACACCGAGGACAUCCUGCAGUACAAAGGCUGUGCGACCACAGUGCUGGUAACAGGGGCAGGCGUUGGUGAGAUGGCCCUCCAGAUGCUGGUUGGUUCGAUAUUCCAGGCUCAGGGCAGCUAUAGUUUCCUGGUCUGUGGCGUGAUCUUUGGUGGCUUGGCUUUUACCUUCUAUAUCUUGCUCCUGUUUUUCCACAGGAUGCACCCUGGACUCUCAUCAGUUCCUACCCAAGACAAAGCACUUGGAAUGGAAAGCCUGGAGUGCUACCAGAGGUAAAACUAGAUGAAGGAGGCUGGCGAAGACUUCUGGCCUCUUGAGCACCAGCUCAGGUCAAAGGGCGGAAGAAAGCUGGGGUGGUAGCGGAGGCAGCCUCUCGAUGCCUUGGUUCCGAUCUUCACUAAUACUUG